AGCUGAGAACUUCGCAAGAGUCUUCCAGCGCGACUUCCUUAUUUCCUUGGGAUCUGGCUACCGGCAGAGGAAGCCCUGAACACCUGCUGCCAAGAUGCUUCAAACACUUUACGACCAUUUCUGGUGGCACCGGCUAUGGCUGCCCGUGAAUCUAACCUGGGCCGACCUGGAAGACCAGGAUGGCCGCGUCUACGCCAAAGCUUCGGACCUCUACAUCACGAUCCCCCUAGCCUUUGUGUUCCUCAUAGUGAGGUACAUCUUUGAAAUUUACAUAGCCAGCCCGCUUGCCAAGGCUCUGGGUGUGAAGGAUAAAAUCCGUCUUCGAGCCGCCACCAGCCCGGCCCUGGAAAAUUUUUACAAGAGCUCGUCAAAGCAUCCCAAACAGACUGACUUGGAAAAUCUCUCAAGAGCAAGUAAUUUCACCGUUCGGCAGGUGGAAAGAUGGUUCCGACGACGACGAAACCAAGACAGGCCUAGUUUGCAGAAGAAAUUCCGAGAAGCCAGUUGGAGAUUCACGUUUUAUCUUAUUGCUUUCAUUGCUGGCAUGGCGGUCCUCGUAGACAAGCCUUGGUUUCAUGAUCUCCGAGAAGUCUGGAGAGAUUUCCCCAAGCAGACCAUGCUGCCUUCUCAGUACUGGUAUUACAUGAUCGAACUGGGAUUCUACUGGUCUCUGCUCUUCCGAGUAGCCUUUGAUGUAAAGCGCAAGGACUUUAAAGAACAGAUCAUCCAUCACGUAGCAACCAUCGUUCUUAUUAGCUUCUCCUGGUGCGCAAACUACAUCCGAGUGGGAACUCUGAUCAUGGCUGUCCACGAUGCCUCGGACUACUUUCUGGAGUCUGCAAAGAUGUUUAACUACGCCGGAUGGAAGGAGACGUGUAACAGCAUCUUCGUGGUGUUUGCUCUGGUGUUCAUCGUAACUCGAAUCAUUAUCCUUCCUUUCUGGAUCCUACACUGCACUUGGGUUUACCCGCUGGAGAUCUACCCAGCCUUCUUUGGCUAUUAUUUCUUUAACCUGAUGCUGUGGAUUCUCCAGUGUUUGCACAUCUUCUGGGCGUACCUCAUUCUCGGCAUGGCCCAUAAGUUUAUCACAGGGAAGCUUGAGCAAGAUGAACGGAGCGACAAAGAUGAAACGGAUAUUCCAGACGAAGACGAGGAACAAGAUAUCAAUAAGAACGGCGCCGUUUCCAAUGGUCAUGCCGUGCUGAAGAACGGUCACCAUAAAGCUGAUUGACCUCGACCAAAGGUGGUUGUUCUUCUUCUGCUUCCUCCACCAAACCCUUUUCCGAGCAAGAAAAUGCAAACUCUGUUCUUCUCCUUACUAAACAUCUUAUCCGUACUACUGUAAAGCCAGAAUGUAAAAGGAUGCCACUUGAAUGUCCGCUUGUCCAAGAGGUGAGCUUCUGCGUGAGGACAGUUUUAAGGAAAACAUUAUGCAGAAAGCUCCUUGUAAGAACCACUUUUUGCCACGGAAAUAGGUAAGAAACGUUAUUAUUUGUAUGUGAAUCAUAUUCCCUGCGACGAUUUGAACUGGACUAAGUUUGUUCACUCUACGAUAUCUCCUGCUGCUCUCUGUAGAGAAGAACGAAGACGCCAAAAGACCUCUUUUUGUUUUUUUGUGUGUGAAAUAUCAUACGUUAUUUUUCCCGAUAAGGUGAGAGCCAUACUCUGGAGAUGACCCUCGUUUUAAUGUCCACCAUAUGAGGGUUACAUGAUCUGGAUACAUAGUUCUAUUUGUUUUGUUAGUAUCUUCACCGUGCCAUUGUUUAGAAUAGGGUUGCGAUAUGUGUUUGAGAACCGUGGACGAGGAACCGUUUAAUAUUCUGCCGCCACCGCCACCUUAUGGCAUCUCAUGAGUAGAGUAGCUUUGGCCAGCGCUAUUCUACUCUCCAAUUGGGACGACGCUCCUUUGGAACAGAGUUGAGGUGGCUUGAUGAGCCGUAGGACAAUGUAAUUAAUGGCGGAGUUAUUUAUUAUUCUAGAAGUUUCAACCUUACCUCGAUAGCCACCGUCCUGCUUCUGCAUUUUCUCAAGUCCAAUUCUACCCGUUCCUAAGAUUUUUCGUUAUAUAUGUAUUUUUUUUUAAAGUAAAUUUUGUUAUCACUGUUUGAUUGGAUGCUGACACAAAAGAAUAAAUAAAAGAUUGUAUGCAUUCUGAAGUAGCCAGUUUAGGUGAAAUAUGAGGGGUGAAAGUGGUGGGACUUUCUCUGAAGCUCUGAGGCCACUGAAACCUUGAUGUCCUCCUGACUGGAGAUUAUAUAAAUAUCACAUGUGAUUUGGGGUUUUGGAAUGAGUAUUGUAACCCGGCUUUAUGUAUCCUUUCGUUGAGUUGAAACCAAUCUAAUUGUAGAGCAAGUCUUAAAGAGGAACUGCCACAUCCAAGAGAAAA